AUGGAUCAUGUCAUUCAAGCCCAAAUCAUCAUGGGACAUGGCAAAAACAAUACCGAUUUUAUUCUGGAAAUUCUGCUAACCUCAACACACUACUUCUAUCGUAUGCGAAGACUUCAGUUCCCUCUCAAACUCAGCUUCGCUAUGACAAUCAACAAAGCACAAGUUCAAUCGCUGAAAGUUGUCGGAUUGGACUUUCGAAAGUCAUGCUUUUCACAUGGACAGUUCUACGUCGAUAGUUCCAGAGUUGGCCAUCGAGACAACUUAUUCAUCUAUGCUCCAGAAGGAAAAACCAAAAAUAUCAUGUACAAAAAUGUCAAACAAAAGUGUAAAACAUUCUGUGAAGAUAUGCAAGAGAAACUUGAAGAUGACAACUUUGAAAACCGUCCUAUUUUCAGCGACGAAGCCAUACUCCAUACGAAUGGCAAAGUGAACAAAUAA